CCAGUACGUCAGGGGUUGGCACUAGUCAAAUGGCGGGCUCGCAGUUCAGCUCGCCGCCUCCAUGCACUCGGGAGCAGAUGGAGCUCCAACAAGUAGAGAGGAUCCGCUUGAGAUUAGAGGAGGAACUUAGGCAAGCUACUAAGAGAGAGAAAGAGAUCAAAGAAAGAAGUGUCAGAUUAGAGGGCAGGGAGGCAGACAUGGCUGCACUAGAGGCAUUAGAGGACUCUGCACUCAACACUAGAGGAAAGAUCCUGAAGGCAAGUGUCCUAUCCAUGCAUGCGUACAUAGACAGUAAAAUGGACGCAAUGCAGGAUACUCUAGACCAGAUUCUGCAAGCGCUGCAUAAGCCAGGGAUCCGGCCAGUAGCUUUACCAUCGCUGCCACUCUCAGCGAUGACAGGCCUCUAUGCCGCUCAGUCAGGACCACCACCAAGUGUUUCAUCAACAGAAGCAAUGUCUCAGACUGUUGCUUCUUCAUCUUCUGGUCCGGCGACUGUUGCUACACCACAAUCACCACCUGUCUCGCAAGCGGGACAACAAUAUCCUCGGUAUCCCAAGACCCCACUGAACCCACCUGCAACCUUCUCAGGAGACAAGAAGGAUGAGGCUAUGAACACAUGGUUGAGAACGGUGCCAGUGUGGGUGAGGGUCAAAAGGACAUUGGUAGAAGAGGAGGUGAUUACUGCUGCAUCCUACUCAGAGGGUUCAUCAGCCCGUUGGCUAAACGGAUUGGUAGCUUCAAAGGGCUUUGGCAGGAACAUGCAUGAUUGGGCGCAGACCCAUACAUUAGAAAGCUUUAUGGACUUAGUGGAGGCUCGUUGGCACAACCCUCAGCAGGCACAAAUUGCCACUGAAGGGCUCUUGAAACUUGAUACUAGAAAGUACAAGUUUGUGCGGGAACUCACCACAGCCGUAGAGCGCCUGAUCGUCGUCCCGGGAGUGGAGUACAAUCCACAGGUCUUGCUGACCAUGUUCUUGAGAUGUCUUCCCACAGACAUUAGGAAUUUAUUAGCCAGCGAGGCUCGCAGAGAGUAUCACACCUUUGAGUCAUUCAGCAAGAAGGCCCUAGACUUAGAGGCUACGCUGGGUGGAGCUCAAACCCCUCCUACGGAUGGGAGAAAGAAGAAGACUCCACAAGAGUGGAAGAAGAAGGCUUUCAAGCGUUUGAAGCAUGCUCUCACGCAUCAUGAGGUUCUCAUGGUACCCGACCCGCAAAGGCCAUUCGUUGUAACCACUGACGCAAGCCAAUAUGAGAUUGGCGCAGUGCUGGCUCAGCAGGAAGGGAAGAAGUUGAGACCGAUCGAGUACAUGAGCAAAAAGAUGCCUUCAAAGAAGUUGGCAAAGUCCACCUAUGAGAGGGAACUCUACGCUCUUUACAAGGCACUUGUCCACUGGAGACACUAUUUGUUAGGAAGGUUCUUCUACUUGAGAACUGACCAUCAGACCCUCAAGUGGAUCAAGACGCAACCAGUUCUCUCUGAUGCACUCAAACGCUGGAUUGAAGUCAUAGAUGAAUAUGAUUUCAAACUAGACUAUUUGAAGGGAGAAUACAACAAGGUUGCAGAUGCGUUGUCUAGGAGGGCAGAUUACCUAGGUGCGAUGAUUUCUGAGUUUGGUUUGUCUGAGGACGUGACUCGAUCGUUGGGAGAAGCCUACAAGGAAGAUCCCAUCACGAUGGACAUCAUCAACAAACUUCAGGCCAAAGACAAGGCCACCUCUGACGAGUUUGUGAUGGUGGAUGGGUUACUCUUUCGUGAGAAGGCAGGGUUCAAGAGGUUAGUUGUUCCAUCUAGGGAAAACUUUGCGUAGUUUAUUUUUAGUUCUAUUUGCAAGGAAAAUGAACAGAAGCGAGAUGA